CUCUCUCUCCAUCUCUCCUGUCUCUCCUGUCUCUGGUCCCUCCACCAUGCUGAGAGAGGCUGCAGGAUGCUGGGCUCCAGCGCGUGUGGCUCUCUCUCCCAGCUGCCUGCCUCUCCUCUGAGGGGGGACUCACCCGACCAGGAACCCCCCUCCUGGAAGCCCCUUUCCCCGGGACAGCAGCACCAGCAGCACCAGCAGCGGCAGCAGCGGGGGCAGGAGAAGCGGCGCGGGGAGGACUCCAUGUGGCGUGUGGCGAUGCGGAGGAGACGCUACCUGCUGGGCAGCGGAGGAGGAUGGCGCGGAGCGGGCAUGGACAAGGGCGCGGGGUUGGCACCGGGGUCGGGGUCGGGGGGGCACCGGCAGCAGCAGCAGCUGCAGCAGGGAGCGGACUGGCUGUACGAGUCCUACUACCGCAUGAGUCAGCAGCAUCCGCUCAUCGUAUUCCUGCUGCUCAUCGUCAUGGGAGCCUGCCUGGCACUGCUCGCCGUGUUCUUUGCAUCGGGAUUGGACAUUGAGGACCAUGUGGCGUUCGUGAUCACUGUGACCACGGCCCUGGCCGUCUUCUUCAGCGUGUUCGUACUGGUGUGCAUCGAGGCCGUCUUCAAGAAGCUGCUGCGCCUCUUCUCCCUCCUCAUCUGGGCCUGCCUGCUCGCAAUGGGCUACCUCUUCAUGUUCUUCGGAGGCAUCAUCUGCCCCUGGGACCAGGUGUCCUUCUUUCUGUUCAUCAUCUUUGUGGUGUACACCAUGCUGCCGUUCUGCAUGCGUGACGCGGUCAUCGCCAGCGUCCUCACCGGCUCUUCACACACACUGGUGCUCAGCCUGUGCCUGUCCAGUGGUAGCGAGCGCUUGGACCCCCUUGUGUGGCAGAUCCUGGCCAACAUCAUCAUCUUCAUCUGCGGCAACCUGGUAGGGGCCUAUCACAAGCACCUGAUGGAGCUCGCCCUCAAGCAGACCUACCAGGACACUUGCAAUUGCAUCAAGUCCCCCAUCAAGCUGGAGUUUGAGAAGCGGCAGCAGGAGCGACUGCUGCUGUCCCUGCUGCCAGCUCACAUCGCCAGGGUGAUGAAAGCUGAGAUCAUCCAGAGGCUCCAGGGCCCAAAGUUUGGCCAGGUUGAGAACACCAACAACUUCCACAACCUGUACGUGCAGAGACACAUCAAUGUCAGCAUCCUCUAUGCUGACAUUGUGGGCUUCACUCGUCUGGCCAGUGAGUGUUCACCAGGGGAGCUGGUGCACACACUGAAUGAACUCUUUGGGAAAUUUGACCAGAUCGCUAAGGAGAAUGACUGUAUGAGGAUUAAAAUCCUGGGGGACUGUUACUACUGUGUCUCGGGGCUGCCGGAGUCACUGCCGGACCACGCCAAGAACUGCGUGAAGAUGGGACUCGACAUGUGUGAGGCCAUUAAGAAGGUACGGGAUGCCACGGGGGUGGACAUUAGCAUGCGUGUGGGAGUCCACUCAGGAAACGUCCUCUGUGGAGUCAUUGGCCUGCAGAAAUGGCAGUACGACGUCUGGUCACAUGACGUGACACUAGCCAAUCACAUGGAGGCUGGAGGUGUACCUGGGCGGGUCCACAUCACCUCCGUCACGCUGGAGCACCUGAACGGCUCUUAUAAGGUGGAGCCGGGAGACGGGCAGGAGAGAGAGCCCUACCUGAAGGAGCACGGCAUCAUCACCUAUCUCGUCAUCAACCCAAAGGCAGAUAGGCGGAGUCCACAGCACCACUACAGGCCCCGCCCCACUCUGGAAGGGGCGAAGAUGAGGGCAUCGGUCCGGAUGACCCGCUACCUAGAGUCCUGGGGUGCUGCCAAGCCCUUUGCCAACCUCCAUCACCGAGACAGCAUGACCAACGAGAAUGGCAAGAUCAACACUGCCGAUGUUCCGAUGGGACAGUACCAUUUCCGCAGGAGAACAGAGAGAACAAAAUCACAGAAGAGGCGCUUCGAAGAGGAAUUUAAUGAGAGAAUGAUUCGCACGUUCGAUGGAAUCAAUUCACAGAAGCAGUGGCUCAAAUCUGAGGACAUUCAGCGAAUAUCUUUAUUUUUCCACAACAAAACACUGGAGAAAGAGUACAGAGCAACCACUCUGCCAGCUUUCAAGUACUACGUGACCUGCGCCUACCUGAUAUUCUUCUGCAUUUUCAUAGUCCAGAUACUGGUCUUGCCAAAGACGGCUCCUCUCGGGGUGUCGUUUGGCUUGGCCUUCCUGCUUCUCUCCGUCAUCCUGCUCAUCUGCUUCACGGGUCAUUUCAUGCACUGCAGUAAAAGCUCCUCGUCCUCCUGGCACUGGCUCCUGCGCUCGUCCGGAGUCAUCGCCAACAAGCCCUGGCCCCGAAUCACCCUCACCAUGGCAACCACUGCCCUCAUCCUGGUCAUGGCCGUCUUCAACAUGUUCUUUUUGGAUGAGGAUUCAACCACUCCGAUACCUGUUUACAACAUCUCAAAUGAGACAAACUUCUACCUUGACGGGCUAGCAGUGCCUUUCAUAGAGAAGAAUAACUUCUACCUUCCUUACUUCAUCUACAGCUGCAUCCUGGGCCUCAUCUCCUGCUCUGUGUUCUUGCGCAUCAACUACGAGCUCAAGAUGCUGGUGAUGCUUGUGGCCGUUAUUGCCUACAACAUCAUCAUCCUGCACACUCACGCCGCCCUGCUGGACGAGUACAGCAGGUUCCUCUACCAGACAGAAGUACUGGACAGGCCUGGUGUUCUGAAAGACUUGAAGACCAUGGGCUCUGUGUCUCUGUUCAUAUUCUUCGUCACGCUCCUGGUGUUGGCCAGACAGAAUGAAUAUUACUGUAGGUUGGACUUCCUGUGGAAGAACAAGUUCAAGAAGGAGUGCGAGGAAAUUGAGACCAUGGAGAACCUCAACCGCGUGCUGCUGGAGAACGUUUUACCGGCCCAUGUCGCAGAGCACUUCCUGGCGCGGAACUGGAAGAAUGAGGAUUUGUACCACCAGUCUUAUGAUUUGGUGUGUGUCAUGUUUGCCUCCAUCCCGGACUUCAAAGAGUUCUACACUGAGUCGGACGUCAACAAAGAGGGCCUGGAAUGCCUUCGGCUCCUGAAUGAAAUCAUAGCAGACUUUGAUGAGCUUCUCUCCAAGCCGAAGUUCAGCGGCGUUGAGAAGAUCAAGACCAUCGGCAGCACCUACAUGGCCGCCACAGGACUCAACGCCUCUCCAGGGGCAGACGGCACACAGGAGCAUGAUAGGCAGUAUAUGCACAUCGGGACCAUGGUGGAGUUCGCCUUUGCCUUGGUUGGAAAGCUGGACGUCAUCAACAAACAUUCCUUUAAUGACUUCAAACUAAGAGUCGGAAUCAACCAUGGGCCUGUGAUUGCUGGCGUAAUCGGAGCCCAGAAGCCCCAGUAUGACAUCUGGGGCAACUCAGUGAAUGUAGCCAGCAGAAUGGACAGCACUGGAGUCUUGGGCAAGAUACAGGUGACGGAGGAGACGAGUGCGGUGCUGGUGGCUCUGGGCUACUCCUGCACCUGUCGGGGCAUCAUCAGUGUGAAGGGCAAAGGCGAGCUGAAGACCUACUUUGUCCACACCGAGAUGAGCCGCUCUCUGUCACAGGGGAACGUAGUGACAUGAGGUCACGCUGGGUAAGCCAGUCAGAGAAAGGGACUUACAUAGGACAUCCAAUCAUAUACAGCGACAGAUGCAGGACAUCCAAUCAGCAAAAUCAACAGGUACAGGACAGCCAAUCAGCAAGAGCAACAGACACAGGACAGCCAAUAACAGAAAACGAACAGGCCGAAGGCAUUCACUCACAGCAAAAU